AUGAGCCGGCAGGUGAAUUCGAGCGAGUUGGUGCAAGAGAUCCAUCAGGUGCUACUGGAACGUGACGCAACUUGCCACCGGACAUGCUUCAGCUUGCAACUGAAUGGCGUUUCACUGGAUCAUUUUACAGAAUUGAGAAAUAUUGCCGGUCUCACUGAUGGCUCAGUGUUGAAAGUUGUUGAAGGUUAA